AUGUUCAAACGAAAGUCGGCUCAACAGAACAAUCCACAGCCCGUCGCCCCUUCGGCCGGGCGCCCAUCCAUCUCCUCCGUCGCAUCCUCGGCCCAGCCCCACAUGGGCAUCGGCGACCGCGUCAUGAGCUUCAACUCGAUUGAGACCUCGGGGUCCCAGAACACCGUCAAGAACAGGCGCAUGUCCAACUUCUUGGGUCUUGGCGGCAAGAAGAAGGACAAGGGCAAGGAGCGCGAAGAUGAGGCCGAGUCUAACAGACAGUCCUCCUUCGGCGUCAACGGCCGCAACGUCCCCGCCAACGGCAACGGCCCCCGCCCCCCGCAUCAGCAGUACACGACCAUGGCGCAGCGGCAGAGCAUGUCUGGCGCCGUCGCGCCGCAGCAAGGCGUAGCGGGCGACUUUGGUCCUGGCCGCCCGCAGCAGCACCAGCGCGCGCAGAGCCUUGGGCCGCAGUCCGCUCUCGGCGUCGGCCGCGACGAGCGCGGCAACCAGCCCCUCUCGCCCCAGCCCAUGUCGCCUGUCGCCUCGGCCGGAGCGCUGGCGACGUACCCGACGACUCCCACGCCUGAAUGGCGUCAGCAGUUUGAGCCCAUCUUCGAGCUCUUUACGUACCAGCCCCUCAAGACCUAUGUUGCCAGUCCGCCUGAGCUCGAGAUGAUCUUCGCCAAGACGAGCGCGAACCAGGUUCCUAAGCAGGGCAUUCCUGGCAGUCCCGGGAACGACUGGGACGCCGUCUGGCUGCAGCUCAGCGGCACCUCGUUGUCCAUGUGGUCUAUGAAGGAGACCCGCGCCGCGGCGGCUAAGGGCACAAAGGUGCCCCCGAUGUACUUCAACAUCACCGAGUCCAGCGUCGAGCUCUUUAACCCGCUCCCACCCCCGCCGCACCGCCCGAACUCGCACCCGCACAAGUUCAUCUUCUCUCUGAACACGGCUGGUGCGAACCAGCUGCUCUUCUCUUGCCCGAGCCACCACGAGCUGCUGCGAUGGUCGAACGGCCUCCGUCUCGCCGCCUGGGAGCGCUCGCGCUUAGAGGAGAUCUACACGGGCCACCUGAUUCGCGCCGCUCGUCGCGAGCCCCCCUCGCCCCUGGUGCGCGGCCGCUACGAGGGCUGGGUCCGCGUCCGCCCUAUGGGCAGCACGGACUGGAACCGCCUGUGGCUCGUCGUCAACGAGCCCUCCGCCGCGGCCGUCGACGACAGCUCGACGAACAGCAAGCGCCACUCGCUCUUCGGCAUGGGCAAGCAGGAGCAGAGCGUGCAGGAACCCAACACGGGUGUGCCGAUGGCGUCGUUCUACGCCGAACCGCGCACGACCAAGAACCGCACGACAUCCCUGCCCCAGCUCACCAUCACGAACGCGACGCAGGCGUACGCCACCUUCCCUGAACGACUCGAGGUGAUGACUCAGAACAACAUCAUGAAGGUUGUUGGCCGCAUUAGCGGUGAGGCCGUGGUCAUCGAAGGUGGCCUGCGCGAGUCGGGUUGGGUCCUCAUCAUGCCCGAGCAGCCUGAGGAGGACAUGCAGCUGUCGCCGCUCGUGCCCAUGCUCCGCUGGAUCACCGCGUUCCACGACGCGUUCAAGCUCUACGGAAGGCCACAAGGAUAUAGCUGGAACCCCAGCGAUCCGCGCUCGCUGUUCUUUGCCUACCCGCAGGGCGAAUUACGAGGCGACCUCUUCCUUACUAUGGACGAAGCGCUCAACGCCAACUACAAGCUGAACACGCCCGGUAUCCGCGCCAACUUCAUCGCCCUGACGCAGCACGCGUACCACCAGCGCAACCGUCCUGACGACUCGCGCAUCACUGAGGAGGAGGAGGACAGCGGGCCCUCGGGUGCUGGCGCCGCUGCGGCCGGAGCUGUCGGUGGCGCUGCCGUCGGAGCUGCGGCAGUCGGUGCCGCCUCCAAGCGCGACAAUGACUUCCGCUUACCGCCUCUCCAGCUCGGUCGCGACGACAACGAUCUCUCACUCAGUACUAUGGACACCGACCGCAGCGACCUUGCGGCCGCCGCGCCCUCGGCCGGCACUGGACCUCUUCCUCCGCCCAGGAACGUCACGGGUCGCAGCAGCACAUCGCCUCCUUUGGCUGGUGGCUCGGGCUCGCAGACCCCCUCCGCCGGCGACCCGUACGCUUCCGGCUCUCAGACGCCCAACCAGCCCGGCGUCGGUCCUUCUGCGGCGUUCGUUCAGCCCAACCAGGCUCAGCGCCCUGUCGAUCAGCAGCGGCCCGGCUCCUCUGGCGGUCUCUACGGUCAGCCUCAGCAGCAGCAGCAGCAGCAGCAGCAGCAGCAGCAGCAGCAGGCACGCCCCGGCUCGUCUGGCGCGAUGUACAAUGACCGCCAGCAGCCCCAGCAGCAGCAGGGUCAGCGACCUCCGUCCGCGAACGCGCUCUACAACGACCAGAACCGCCAGGGCUCGCGCGUGAGCAGCCCGCUCGCCCAGUCGCACGGCCCCGCGGGUCCUUCUGUCGGCGCUGUCGCUCAGCAAGCUCAGCAGGGCGGCCGCGACAGCCCGUACGGCCAGCCGACUGGUUCUAGCUUUGCUGGUUCGCGCCAGAACUCGCUCGGCCAGAUGCAGCCGGAGAGCACCUCGCGCCAGAACUCUGUCGGACCUGACUCCACCAUGCGCCAGAACUCGUUUGGCGUCUCGGAGCCCCGCCAGCCUGGCUAUGGCGGAUCCGCCGGACCUGGUGACCAGUCUCGCCAGGACUCGCUCGGCGACGCGGGCCGCGUCAGCCCCUUCCCUGCCCCUCAGCAGCAGCAGAACCAGCCGCAGGCUCCUCAGCAGCCGCGUGCCACCAUCGCCGGCGUGACCAGCUCUCUUCCCGGCCAAGGUGCUAAGAGCACCAACCCGUUCCAGCAGCCUGCUCCUCAGACGCAGCAGUUCGCCGGCCCCCCUCAGCAGCAGCCUCCCAACUUUACCCAUGGUGCGCUCGGCCAACAGGGUAGGAACCCGUUCCAGCAGCAGCCAUACUCGCAGUCGCAGGAACCGGUCCAGCACCAUCGCCAGGUCAGCGCCGGCAGCGUCGCCGACUCGUAUAGCACACCGUCGCAGACGCUGCAGGCUCUUGGCGUCACGCCUGAGCGCGGUGACUCGCCGUCGCAGGUGCACGAUGCUGAUCUUGGUCGCCAGGACCAGCAGCAGCCUCGCUCACCGCCAGUUGAGAGCAGGAGCCUUCCGCCCCGCCGAGCGUCGACUGAAGCUCUGCAGGGUGUCUCCGGACCUACCGGCCCAGGCGGGCCUGGCGUGAGCACAGGUGCUGGUGCGUCUGGUAGUAGCGCGCCCAACACACAUGGCGGUCAGGGCGGUUUUGGUGCCGCUGCCGCCGCUGCGACUGCUGCCGCCCUCCACCACCGCAACCAGCAGGCAAGCCAGGCGUACGCCGCUCAGUCUCAGCACUGCCCAAAACACCUCGCCCCCCAGGUCCCCGCAAAAGCCCUACCAGCCCCAGCAACCCAGCAGCAGCAGCAGCAGCCCUUCCAGUCGUCCCCGCCAGCAGGCUCCUCUGCACAGCCCGCCGUGUCCCCUGUGGCAUCGCCCGCCGGCCAGUCCAAGGCGUCGUCGUCUUCCCCCCGCCAAUCCGACACUAUCCACCAGCCCAGGCCCCAGCGCUCGAGCGGCAUGUCCAACGAAGCUGCUUCGCCCGCCCUCUCGCCUAACCUGCGCGAUGAGCCCGCCGCCCUGUAUCUCAUGAACAUGGUCGAGGAGCCUGAGCAGGCGCAGGCACAGCGCGACGCAACUUCCUCGCAACAGAGACAGCCCGGCCGUGCCCCUGGCAGCACCGACGCCCACCCCAGCUCGCCCCCCGCCUAUCAGUCCCAGGGGCACAGCUACCCCACGUCGCCCACGUACAAUGCGCCUGCCCGUCGACCUUCAGGUGCUCGCGCCAUCCCCCCGAGCAACCACUCGCACAUGUCCAACGAGCCCAUCUCGCCUGUCUCCCCCAACCGCGUCGAGAACGGUCGCUACCACAACGACGGCCCCAUGCAGCAGCAGCAACAGCAGUCGUACCAGCAGAACGGCGCUGGCCGCGGUGUCGGUGUCGGUGCCGCUGCCGCUGCGACCACGGCCCUCGCCGCAGCCGCCGGCGUCGGUGCUGCUAACGGUAGGAACAAGCAGCCCGUCCGCGAGGAAGACGACGAUGCCGAUGCUGCCGCGUACCUCGCCUACGCUGAGCAGCCUCUUCCCCAGCCGCCGCAGCCUCCGAAGUCGUCUUCCCCCAUCAAGGAGUCGGAGGGCCGCUCGUCCUUCGCCCCUUCGAAGGCCGCUGCCGAGCGUCGCGCCAAUGCCGAGGCUGCUGCUCAGAACAAGGCUCAGACCAUGAACGUCCCUGGAGGCGGUCGCCGCAAGGACAACAGGCAGCAGCACCGCGGAAACUACAACCCCGACGACGAGAGCGACGAGGACGAAGACGAGGAUGAGGACGACCAGGACCCUCCCUCUUCUCCCCCUGGCCCGUCGCAGCAGCGCCAUGGCCCUGGCGGCUACAACGCUCCUCCUCCCAACCAGUACGACCAGCGCAACCACUACCAGCAGCAGCAGCAGUACCCUCAGCAGCAGUACCAACAACAACAGUACCAGCAGCAACAGUACGGUCAGCAGCAGCGUGGACCCCUUCCUCCUGUGCCUCGUGGCGGUGGUGGUGGCCGCGGCGAGAGCAUGUACGGCGACGAGCUCGCGCCUCCUUCCACGCUGCGCGGCAUGUCGAUCCACGACGACCCUGGACGGUCCCGCUCCAGCUCGCCUCCUGCGCCCCACCGACACCUUCCCCACCCCAACAUGCCUCCUCAACUUGCUGCCGGCGUCGCCCCCGCGCCAAAGCACAACGUGUGGAACGCCAACUUUUCGCAGGAGCACGGCCACGCGAAGAAGGACGGCAAGUUUGUCGAGCUCGAAGAGCCUGCUGUGCAGCUCACGAAGGCGUUCACACCAGGCGGUCUGCUCCAGGCCGGUAUGCAGGACAAGGCGGACCGCUCGGCUCGCCGACAGGAGGAGGUUGCGCGCGAGACUGGCUCGUCGUUGCUCAACAUCCCCGAGAAGCCGCCUCCCCCGUCAACCGGCCUCGUCGGUGCCGUCGCUGCCCACGAGCGCGACCGCAAGAACGCUGGUGGUAUCGGUGCGACGCUGACGGACCGCGACCGCGAGCGUCGCCUGGCCGAGGACCGCCAGCGCAAGAUUGAAGAGUUACAGCGCCAGCAGAUGGACUCGAUGUCGCAGUACGGCGGCUUCCCGCAGUAUGGCUACGGCAUGCCUCCUCAGAUGAUGGGCAUGGGCGGCUUCCCCGUGAGUUCGUCGAUCCUCCUCUUAACUGACAUCCAGCAGUACGGCGGCGGCAUGAUGAACGCGCAGGCGCAGCAGCAGGCCAUGAUGGCGGCGCAGAUGGCGUACCAGCAGACGAUCAUGGCCAUGUCGCAGGCCGGCUCGCAGAUGGGCGACAACGACGGCGCCUCGGUCACCGGCGGCCGCUCCCCCUCCCCCGCAGCCAGCAUGCGCAUGCCCGGCAUGCCCGGCGGUCCAGGCUUCUUCCCCGGCGCCGGAGGAUACGGGUACGGCAUGCCGACGCCGAGCAUGUACGGCUUCCCGAUGGGCAUGCCCCCGAUGGGAAUGGGCAUGCCCGGCAUGGGCAUGUUCCCCGGCCAGCCUCAGGGCCAAGGUGGCCAGCCCUCGCCGGGCUACAGGCCGAACAGCAUGAUGGACGGCAACUCGCCCAUGCACACGGGCGCUGGGUCGUACAACGGUGACCGCGAGAGGGACGCUUCAUAG